AUGGCCCUUUACAAUGACACCCAGUACCACCCACCCACUUUCUUGCUGUUGGGAAUCCCAGGGUUAGAAGGCAGCCACAUCUGGAUUGGAUUUCCCUUCUGCGCUGUGUACCUCACUGCCUUGUCUGUGAUCCAGAGUGACCAAAGUCUUCACCAGCCCAUGUUCUACUUCCUGGCAAUGCUGGCUACCAUUGACCUGGGAUUAUCCACAGCCACUAUUCCCAAGAUGCUGGGCAUAUUCUGGUUUUGCCUCAAGGAGAUAGUUUUUGGUGCUUGCCUCACUCAGAUGUUUUUCAUUCACAUCUUUACUGGCAUGGAGUCGGUUGUUCUUCUAGCCAUGGCUUAUGAUCGCUAUGUAGCCAUUUGUAACCCUCUCCGUUACAGCACAAUCCUCACUAACAAGGUUGUAUUAUUGAUCGGUUUGGGGGUUAUUGGGAGGUCGUUCCUCACCGUGUUUCCAUUCGUAUUUCUCAUCUGGCGAUUGCCCUUCUGUGGACAUCAUGUCAUUCCACACACUUAUUGUGAGCACAUGGGCCUGGCUCGGCUUGCUUGUGCAAACAUAAAGGUCAACAUCAUAUAUGGUCUUGGAACCAUUGCUUUUCUGGGCUUUGACAUCAUAGCCAUUGCUGUCUCCUAUGUCCACAUUCUCCGUGCUGUUUUUCGUCUGCCCUCACAGGAAGCGAGGCUCAAAUCUCUGAGCACCUGCGGUUCCCAUGUCUGCGUAAUUUUGGCCUUUUAUACCCCAGCUCUCUUCUCUUUUAUGACGCAUCGCUUUGGCAGAAAUAUUCCCCGAUAUAUUCACAUCCUUAUGGCCAACUUGUAUGUGGUUAUUCCCCCAAUGCUUAACCCUGUCAUCUAUGGCGUCAGAACCAAACAGAUCAGAGAAAGGGUGUUGAGGAUAUUCAUCCAGAAGUAA